UGAGCGAGCCAAGCAGAGAGGCAGGCACAUCCGCCGCUGCAGGGAUCAAAUCUGUACCAUCUGACGCUCAAGGAUUUAUGGGUUUAGUCAAAAUUGCUUUUCCCACUGUGGAGAUUAAGCACCGUAGGAUGUUUCGCACUCUCAGCCGGUAGACGAGGCCAGUGCUGCUGCCGCCGCCGCCGUUUUCUUUUCCCGUUAUCAGCCCGGACGCUGGAGAGGGGAAUGUUAGAGGAAGGCAGAGUGCUCCCAGCCCUGCAGGGGGGUAGAUUUUGACUGGCAGCAGGGUCCGUCCUCUGGGGAAUGUGAACCAUGCAGGUGGAUGCUGUUCUUGUGCUCCUCUGUGUUUGCCUGGCAGGUGGAGACGGGAGGACGACCCAGUCCAGGGGUCACCGGCUGGAAACCUACACGCAAACCAGGUCCAGAAGAGAAACCAAAUUAGACGAAGAUGAAGGUCACAAAUCUGGAGGCCCUAUAUUUAAGCGAAGUCCCGACAUGACCAAAUCACCCAUGACAAAGUCUGAGCAGCUCCUGAGAAUAGACGACCACGACUUCACCAUGAGACCCGCGUUUGGAGGUCCUCCAAUCCCGGUCGGAGUGGACGUUCAGGUGGAAAGUCUGGAUACAAUCUCAGAGGUGGACAUGGACUUCACCAUGACACUUUACCUGCGUCACUACUGGAAGGACGAGCGUCUGUCGUUCCCCAGCACCAACAACCAGAGCAUGACCUUCGACAGCCGUCUGGUGAAGAAGAUCUGGGUGCCAGACAUGUUCUUUGUUCACUCCAAACGCUCCUUCAUCCACGACACCACCACCGACAACGUGAUGCUGCGGGUGUAUCCCGACGGGAACGUUCUCUACAGUCUCAGAGUCACCGUCACUGCCAUGUGCAACAUGGACCUGAGUCGCUUCCCUCUGGACACACAAACCUGCUCGCUGGAGAUAGAAAGCUAUGCGUACACAGACGACGACUUGAUGCUCUACUGGAAGAAAGGCAACGAGUCCCUGAACACCGACGACAGAAUCUCUCUGUCCCAGUUCCUCAUCCAGAAAUUUCACACCACCACAAAGCUGGCUUUCUACAGCAGCACAGGCUGGUACAACCGACUGUACAUCCACUUCACUCUGAGGCGCCACAUCUUCUUCUUCCUGCUGCAGACCUACUUCCCGGCCACUCUGAUGGUCAUGCUGUCCUGGGUGUCCUUCUGGAUUGACCGCAGAGCCGUCCCCGCUCGCGUCCCUCUGGGUAUCACCACCGUGCUGACCAUGUCCACCAUCAUCACGGGCGUCAACGCCUCCAUGCCCAGAGUCUCCUACAUCAAAGCGGUGGACAUUUACCUCUGGGUCAGUUUCGUCUUCGUCUUCCUGUCAGUGAUCGAGUAUGCGGCGGUCAACUAUCUCUCCACGGUGCAGGAGAGGAAAGAGAGGAAGCUGAGGGAGCGACUGCCGUGCACAUGUGGAAUCGGCAACCCGGAUGAGAUGAUGAUCGACCCUCAGAUCACCGGCUACGGCUCCAUGGACGUCAACACCACUGGAAAUUAUGGGAUGCCAGAGAACGGCGGGCGCCAGGAGCGAAUGCUGGCCCAGGUGGCUCUGAAUGACCCGCAGCUGGCGAGCCAAGUCAAGCCGUCCAGGGGCUACGUGAACAUUUGGAUAGACACCCACGCCAUAGACAAGUACUCGAGGGUGGUCUUUCCAGGGGCUUACAUCCUCUUCAAUAUCAUCUACUGGUCCAUCUACUCGUAAUGGCAGGCUGCGUGGAGGAGGGACCCGCAGGAGGAUCACUGCCACACACAGGGACUUUUGCCUUCUCGACCCAGCCUCUUAAAACGGACGAGCUGCGCUGCUUUCAUCACUCGUGUUUCAUGUGGUAACAAAAACAACGACCUGGGAGCGGAAGCAAGUGGAUGAUGGGACUCAUCAGCUGCCAUCAUUACGACCUGACAAUCAGAAUAACAGCAAGAUGAUAAUCAGGUUUAUUACUUCUGAACUUCUGCAGCACGUCAGUGUGAGUCUGUGUCCAUUUAUUGACUGUGAUCUUUGUAUCGUUGCCAACACUUUGCCGUCACUCUACUGCAUUGCAUCUGUGAUAUACAAGGAUUUACUAGAUGGCAUUUUAUAUAACUGCAGUUGCAAACGUCAGACUAAAAGCUUCAUGUGUUCCAAAUAUUGAUUUUCAAAGACCAUAUUUGUUACUUUUUACGCACUGCAGAAGCUCAUCUGUGUUGGUGUGAGGCUCGGGGGUUCACUGUGACCUCUCUAGUUAUUAGUUUUCUCAGCUUUCUCUUUUCAGCUUAAAAUGUUCUGCAAAAGAAGCACCAGAAAAAUAUCUCAAUUUCUGUUUAAUGUGCAAUGUUAAAUAAAUGUU